AGAAUGAGUGAGUGAGUGAGUGAGAGAGUGAGCGGAGUGAGAGAGAGAGAGAGAGAAAGAGAGAGAGACAGAGAGCGAGCACGAGCAGCGGCAUUCCACUAGUCAGAGCUAACCCUAUCUCAACCCCCAGCCUACCUGCUAUCUUCUCACAGACACAGUGAUGCAGGAUCCCAACACGCUGUGCUGAGAGUGAGCUCCUUCUGCUUCUGACACACCACACAACACAGCACACAACUCUCUUCUCAGCCAAACACAACCGGGUCAGUAUGGAGGAGGCCGACCUGUUGAAGGAGCGGCUCCAGGCCAUAACGGAGAAAAGAAGAGUCCAGGACGACAUCGCAAAAAAAAGGAGACAAAUUGAGGAGGAAAAAUUAAAACUCCAAUGUUUGAAGAAAAAAGCCCUUCGAGAGCAAUGGCUGAUGGAUGGGCUAAGCCCUCAGAGUGAGGAGGACCAGGAGGCCACCAAACUACAGGCCCAGGGCGACCAGGAGCAAACCCUAUUACUGCAGAGUAACAUUGACAGAAUGGAGACGGAAAUAGAGGCUCUGGAAACACAGGAGCUGCAGAUUUCAGCCAACGAGGAAGUGAUUCUGAAGAGACUGAAGGAGGUGGAAAGGACUGCAGAGGACAUCAUCAAGAGAGCUACCGCUGUGGCAAGUGUGACGGAUGGUAAAGAACUGAACGAAGGUUGCAGUAACCCUCAGAAUCACAAUCCAAACGAACCCAGAUCCUUCCCGAAGGCAGUAACCAUGGAGACCAGUGAACAAACGGAGAUGACCAGCGUAAUUGCCUAUGAAAAGGAACUCUCGCUCACUGACUCAACUGAAAACAAAAAGGGCUUAGGAGGAACAGAAGAGGAACAAGUCUGUUUAGAGGCUGACUCACUAGAAUCCAUAGGAAAGAAAGCGUUGCUAGAAAUUCUAGCAGAUUUACCGGCUAGUAUGAUCGAUGAGCUUGACGGCUUAGGAAACGGGCUCUGCACAGGUAACCCAUUUCGAAAGGAGGCUUUGUCUAGCCAUGAAGAACUCAACCGAAACGAAUCCAUCACUUCGUCUGUCUCUGACACACCGUCAAGUGUUGACAGUGUGUAUGAGAACGAAGCUCAUCGUAAGAGACAGGACACCCAAGAACUAGAACAGCCUGAAGAUACUGUGUCCAACCCAGAGGAUGAUGAAGAUGGUGAGGAUAAAGACACAAAAGAGAUUGAAUAUGGCCCAUUAGAAAACUACAUCAGUGAUGUCCCAGAGGAGUCUUUACUAGAACAGUACAUCAGAGAGGAGGUUCUGUCGGAUGUCUCCAACGAGUCCUGUCAUGGUCUGGACCCAGACGAGGUGGAUGAAUGCCUGCGUGUUGAGAUAGCAGAGGCCUCUUCAGACGAUGAGAGUGAAGAUGGAGCAAAUAAAUGGAGGGCGAUAUUUUCCUCCUCGAUCAACCAUGAGGACGAUGAUGACUAUCUGGAUAGCCUCCAACUGAGUGCACAGGAUCUCUUCGUCCAAAAGGUUGAAGUGCAAAACGUUGACAACCAUGACGAUAACGAGGAGGAAGUUCAAGUGAAGAUACCAAAGGAAGAGGAACUGGAAGUGUUGGAGCAACCAGAUUACCUCACUGGUAUUGCACAGGAAGUGACAUAUAACCCUGCAGCACUGCUCCAAAGCCUGUCCAAAAUCUCUGAAGACGAGGAGGGAAAUGGCAAUGGUUCAAGGCACAAUACAUCUUGCAAGGCAGAUCCCAACAAGAAGCUUCCAAAGGACUUCUGCGUUAUCCAGGAGACCAAGAGUGAGAACGUCAGCACAGAGCAUGUGGACUUCCAGCUGGCCCGGAAACAGUGGAGGGAGAUGGAAGAGCAGACCAAGAACUUGGUGCUGUCACCCACCACAAAGCAGUGUGGGCCCCUCAUGGGCAGCCACAGCUUCAUGUACACUCCAGUCAGGAACAUUGACAGGCCCAAGACGAGAGAUACGAGCCUAGAGAAUUUGGCUAUGGGUGGAGCUGAGUAUCCCCACACCCAGUUUAGCCCCUGCUCAGAGGACUCAGGCCUGGGCGAUUCCAGCUACAGGUCCCCUUAUGAAGAAUUCCCAGAGACCUCCAUUGAGAGGGAGAUCCGCCUGGCCAUGGAGAGAGAAGACAGCUUUAAGCGGGACAGGGGUUUCUCCAAUGGGAUGAAACCUACAGAAUGUGCUCAGACAAAUGCCAAGCCAGUCAUCUUGCUCCCAGCGAAGCUAUGUCAGGAGGUUGACGAAAAGAGGAAGACGUUUGAGAGUAUGGAGGACGGCAGCUGCAACAUACCCAGAUCCAAAACUACUCCAUCAUUCAUUAUUACGUCUUCGCCGGCAAAGGGGCCACUGAAACACGAUCUGCCUGCCAACAGCAUCAUUAUACUAGAACCGGAAGGAAGUCCAAGACAUGGCGCCAGAGACACCUCCAGAGCUAACGAGUGGCACUCGGAUGAAACCUCCAAUGCCAACUUUAUCAUCCUAGAGACAUCCAACCUGAUCAUCAGGAGCGCCUCAGAGUUCUGCCUGAACACGGCCUGUGAGCAGCAGGGCCAGGAGUGCUCCUCAACGUUCCUCAACAACCCCUUCUUCAAGCUGCGCUCCAGGAGCCAGCUGUCAUUGGUGGACGAGGAGAUCAAGAUGGUGAAACAGCGCGAAGAGGAGCUGAAGAAAGAAAGAGCGAACAUCUAUCCGAAAGGGAUGUACAACAACACAGGCCUAGUGGCUGAGAAUCUCAUGGACAGCUUGUCGUUUGAAGCUGAUGCGCCACUGAAGUGUAAGUCUUCGCCAUCAUCACCAAUGAAAACGGCAUACAAGAUGGAUCGCUCAGCCCUAUCCUGUGAUCACAGAUUUCCUGAGGUGUAUGGAGCCGGAGGAAGGCGUAAGAGCGCCUUGGCGCUGCGCUGGGAGGCUGGGGAGUUUGCCGAGUGAAGAACAGAGUACAACCCUCAGUCACUGGUGAAAAUAUUGUCGGUCCACUUUCAGCUGAGUUAAUAGACUUAAUGCAGUGCUGCAAACUCAUGUUUGUUUCAUGUUGCGACAUUUAACCACACUUGCUGCUUCUGUAAUGUUAUCGAUUCUCUGGUCCAAGUGCCAGGAAAUAGUAUUGUGUGUUCGCCCGCCAAGAUGCCUGAAUGUAAAUGAAUGUAAUGUUUAGUCCACAGAUGCUAACAUUUUAUGAAAUUUUAAUGUGAGCAAAUCUUAAAACAUAUUUUGGUGUAUUGUCUUGCUAAAGGAAAGAAGCUUAUAUUUAUUGUACUUUCGUACUGUGUUUUCCAGAAAUAUUGGUGUGGGCAUAUAACAUACUGUAUGAUACAAUUCUAUAACAUAUAACUUGUAUCAAAAAAUAUAUUCAAUCAGUUGCUGAAAUCUGAGAUAUGUUGAACGGACAUUAUACACCAUGUGAAAUCAUGUUUGAUUGAAAUACAUUUUUAACAUUCCCUUAAAAGCUGGAAUCCUUAAUGGUGAAACCACCACAUCCUUUUGCGAUACUUUAAAAACAAUAACGGCGAUGGGCAGCCAGUGGCGCCGUUUCCCUUAUUACGGAUUCCAUGUUUAAAAUAAAAUACUAUUUCCAGAAUCAAAAAGGAAAAGAGUAAAAAAAAAAAAAGAAGCUUAUUAAAAAAAAAAAAAACUUUUCUAUAUUGUGCAUUUCCCUACAAAUGUCAGAUGUUUACAAUUUUCAAAGGAGGAAAAUGUUUCUGCUUUUAAAUAAUUAUUGAGGCAGAGUAUUAAACAAGCUCCAUUUUUUGAGAAUUGCCAUUUAACGCUGAUAAUAGAGUUCAUGAAACAAAAAAUAAUUGACAUUGUUUCAUUAAGUAUGUUUGUAUGCUUACUUGUUACGGUUUUGCUUAUACAAAAACAAUCACCAGUAUUGCUUGCUAGCAUUUGAAAUUGUGUAAGGAAAUUACCUAAAAUAAGAGAGGCCACUUUAUUACAUUAUUUUUCAGGUGAUUUUCCUUGUAUUCUUACUGCAAGUGUUCAAUAGAUUAGUGCAACAAUAAAUACCACGUAUGAAUA